UUCAUGAAAAGCGGUUUUUGUUGCCGAGAUUCUGUACACCAACCCCACAAGCUGGGAGCCUGGGAAGGGACCGUUUUGCCUCCUCCGCCUCUUUCCUCCCUCUCCCCUCUUAAGGUCUCUGGAGUUGUUCGCACGUGAAUGGAUUUCUUUGGCUGAUCACCAAAGACCCUGCAGCAUUCCCGAGAGCUGAGCCCUCUGAGCGAUCUGAGAACAGCAUCCCCUACAGGCAGAGGUCGCGCAGCCCCACGGGGACCAUCCUCCUUCCUGCCGCCUCUGGCCGUGGGGAGCACCAGCUCAGACCCCGCAGAGAGCUUGGGCCCUUCCCGCCUCCGCCCCGCAGCCCCUCUCCGCCAGUAGCAGCGCUGCUAUCUUCCCACAGGAGCACUGGGAGGACGCUGGAGUCUGCAGCGCCCCCGCCCCCUCGCUUUUUCUUUCUUUCCCUGCUUUGGGAUCUUGCUGUCUGGAGCCGGGAGAGGUUCCGAGAAGAAAGCUAGGGGCGCGAGCGCAGGUUUCUGCCGCGGAGCGCGAACGGAGCUAGGGGAGCAGCAUCCUCGGUGUCCACUCAGGAUCGCAGCUGCACUGACCGACAUGUGACGGAGGAAAGCCCCUCGCAUCAUCUGUCGCCGCCUCCAAAAGGGUCCCAGAGCGCUCGCCGAGGCCGACAUCCGGAGCUCCUUUGCCAGCAGAGGUGUGGGACGGGAGCGGCUAGCACACCGGCUCGCAGGUUCCAGGCUCGCACUCUAGGAAGAGCGCAGCGGAGACCACCGCCUCGCUCGCACUCGGCACAACUCCGGGGCGGGCAGAGCGCUGCUGGACCGCGUCCAGAUUCCCGCCGACUUCAACCAGAGUGACCCACAGCUCCAGCCCGUCCCCCUGCACCGCCUAGAGUUCCAGAUUAACCGGAAUCUGCGCCGACCCGCACGCCUAGGUCCCCGCAACGCCCCGGGCUGGAGGGAGAGCGCGCCUACCGCUGCUCCCUAACUGCUGACGCCGCCGUCCGAGCCGCACACCGAGGUCCCUCCUACACCGAGGCUAGUCCUUCUUGGGAGUGUUGGGGGUGCCCUAGACGCUGGGGAGCGCGCACCAUGAAGUCGGCGCUGUGCAGCCGCUUCUUUAUCCUCCUGCCCUGGAUCCUGAUCGUCAUCAUCAUGCUGGACGUGGAUCCCCGCAGGCCCGCGCCCCAACUCACUUCGCGUCCCUACUUCUCUCCCCACACAGUGGGCUGCGGGGGCUCCCGAGUCCCGCUCCGACGGAGCAGCCUAGGGCGUGACGCUGCCGAGAAGCGCAACGAGUCCCGGUCUCCGCUGCAGCCCGAGCCGCGGUUGCCCACCAUCUAUGCCAUCACGCCCACCUACAGUCGCCCGGUGCAGAAAGCCGAGCUGACCCGCCUGGCCAACACGUUCCGCCAGGUGGCGCAGCUGCACUGGAUCCUGGUGGAGGAUCGAGCCACACGCAGCGAGCUGGUGAGCAGCUUCCUAGCGCGGGCCGGGUUGCCCAACACGCACCUACACGUGCCCACGCCGCGGCGCUACAAGCGACCUUGGCUGCCGCGCGCCACCGAACAGCGCAACGCAGGCCUCGCCUGGCUGCGCCAGAGGCACCAGCACCAGAGCGCGCAGCCCGGAGUGCUCUUCUUCGCCGACGACGACAACACCUACAGUCUGGAGCUCUUCCAGGAGAUGAGGACCACCCGCAAGGUUUCUGUCUGGCCUGUGGGCCUCGUUGGUGGGCGACGCUAUGAACGACCAUUGGUGAAAAAUGGCAAAGUUGUUGGCUGGUACACCGGGUGGAGAGAAGACAGGCCUUUUGCCAUCGACAUGGCAGGAUUUGCUGUGAGUCUGCAAGUCAUCUUGUCCAAUCCUAAAGCUGUAUUUAAGCGCCGUGGAUCCCAGCCAGGGAUGCAAGAAUCUGACUUUCUAAAGCAGAUAACAACAGUUGAAGAACUGGAACCAAAAGCUAGUAACUGCACCAAGGUUCUCGUGUGGCACACUCGGACAGAGAAGGUCAAUCUAGCCAAUGAGCCAAAGUACCACCUGGACACAGUGAACAUUGAGGUGUAGACGCCAAGAUGCAGGUGUAGAAGAGGAAGUCUGGAAUUUAGGCUGCAGCUCAUUCAGGUAUUGUUCCUUUCCUUCAGCCCUUCCUGUCAGCCGAUGGACAUCUAUUUAAACAGCUAACUGGAUGCUAUAAAAUGUG